AUGAAUUAUAGUUUUUGUGAUUUUGAUAUAAGUCCUCAAUUACCAUUUACACAACAAUACCUACAAUCAUAUUCUACUACAAUACCAGCUGAUAACAAUCAUCAAGAUCCACUUCUUAAUUUUAACAAUGAUGACGAUAGUGGUACAUAUAAAACACAUUUACGUCAAUUACAAUCGUUUCUAAAGUUAAACCUUAAACAAAAAGAAGAAGACAAGGGUAAUAAUGAAUUUUGA